AUGAGUUCAACCAAUAGUGUGCAUCUAAAUGAUCUUAUUAUCUUUAAGAUUAUCGAUAUUUCACUAACAUAUCGUGGCUACAAGUCAUAUGCCAUCACCAGUUGUAAGAGAUGGCCGAGAAAGCGUACGAUUCAAAUGUGGGCAUCUCAAUGCGUUGCCUUGGUCUGUCGGAAAUGGUUCGCACUCGUAACCACUCAUUACACAACUUCAUUCAAACUGGACACCUCCUCGCUGCAGAGUGUCAAUCGUCUGACCACUAUUCUACGAAAUAUCAAUAAUCAAACAACAACUACAGCGAAAACUAAAACUAAACAAACAACAAAUUGGAACGACCGAAACUUGACUUCUCUGACUAUCUAUACACCAGAGUUCACUCGAUCGUUGCCGAGUAAGAGAUUCACUGAGUUGUAUCGACUACUGGAACAAUGUAACACGAUCACCGACAUAAAGACUAGAACACAAGGUAGCUGUUUUCGCUAUUGUGACUAUUGGUUCAAUACUUCGACCGUUACUUCACUGUCGAUCGAUCAAACGCGAAUGACAACCGGUGAAGAGUCAACAGUCGAUUGUGAUCUCUGGAAUCAUCCUUGUCUUCAAUCGAUCAAUCGAUUACAUCUCCGAACUGAACGUCAGGCACACCGCUCCUACUAUCCAUUCUUUGAGAGUGACAAUAUUACUUCAGUUUCUGUAGAUGGGCCAAACCUUGUCGCUAGUUUGUGUGAUCAACAAGUCAGUUCCAAUCUCUCACAAAUCGUGCUUUGGUGUUCGUUCAGCAUUGACCAGCUCAUUGCCAUACUCAGCCAAGUCAAGAGUUUGAUAUCGCUCGGUCUACGCAGACAUGGAUCGACCAGAACCGAUUGGAUAUCUGCCGACAAAGACCACCGUGCAUCGGUGAUCAAGUCAUUGAUUGCAAACCAUUCGAAUCUAACUGAGCUAGCAUUGGUACAAGAUAGAUUCCGUAAGGAAGUUAAUAUCGGUAUGGUCUGGAUAGACGUAUUGGACACUCUGUUUGCCGAACCCAAGCUAAGACUUCAACGUUUCGAAUGUCGCUAUCAAAAAGACGUCCUCUAUUGCUCAGCUUUGUUUUUCGAUGCUCUUUGUACCAAUAAUACACUUACCUAUCUAUCGAUUGGUCAUCUAACAAGCAACCAGUUUGAAUCGAUCGCCAAAGUAAUCGCCAAAAACGUAACCAUUCGAACAUUGUCGUUGGAUUGCUCCGAGAGCAGCAGUAAUCCAUCGAAACUCUUUAAAACAAUCUAUCCUUCACUGCUUGCCAAUCGAUCGAUCACAGAACUAUCAUUCCCAUUCAGUGUAUACUACCUCUCUAUCGAUUGGUCUUUCAUGGACGAUGCAAUCAUCCAAUUGGAACUUUGUAACCAACUCAAUACUGUCUUUAUGUUCCAAGGUAAGCACCGUAAAGUCUACAUUCGUUCCCCGACAAUGGAGUACUCCGAGCAUCAUCUUCAUCAACAAGAGAAGAAAGCAAUCAGAUUUACCGAAGAGAAAGAACUGUUUGAUAUCAAUAGCUACGCAUUACCAGAAGACUCUGAUUCGCAGAGUGAUAUUGGCAACGAUGAAUCACGUGACGAUGAAUAUUCAUCUUGUGAACAAGACGAAAACGAUUAA